CCUCGAGUUUCCGGCCCUUCACAAAGAGCUUUUCAGCGUCGACAGCUGAACGAUCGACGCGACGCAGGGCGUCCCGACGCUGACAAACAAAGCGGAACGCGAAUAGCGCGGGGCCUUGCUCUGUCGAGAGUGCGCUUCUGUCCUAAGCAUGACGUCUAACAUAAGCUCGUCUGUCGUCGGUCGACGUUCCAAUUUGAAGAUAGCUAGUGGAGCGGUAAUAUGCGACGAAAGUAUCUUGAAAGGAGAUAUCACGAUCGGUACAGGAACCGUAGUACAUCCUAGGGCAAGCAUUUUGGCUGAAGCUGGCCCAAUAAUUAUCGGAGAAGGAAAUAUUAUAGAAGAGAUGGCAACAAUAGCAAACAGAUCACCACCAGAUGCUCCGGAAUCCACAAUAAUACCUGUACAAAUAAUUGGUAACUAUAAUGUUUUCGAGGUAGAUUGUAUCUGCGAAGCGCAUAAAGUUGGGGAUAACAAUAUUUUAGAAACUAAAGCACACAUUUCUAGUGACGUAGAACUAACUAACGGAUGUGUAAUAGGAACAGCUUGUUCCUUAGUAGAACAGGAAACUGUUCCAGAAAAUACUGUAAUAUAUGGCAGCAGAUGCCAACGGAGAGAAAUGAAUGACAAACCAUUCCCACAGGUAGGACAACUCGACUAUCUAAUGAGGAUAUUACCAAAUUAUCAUCAUUUAAGGAAGCCUAAUGUGAAAUCAAUGAAAGUAGAACCGACGGUAUAACCAUGGAAUUGUCGUCAGAUUUCUAACAAUAUAUAUAUAUAUAUAUAUCUAACCCAAACUAUAGCAGUUAUAUUCUCUAUAUAUUGUAUGUAAAAUACUUUAUAUAGUGUGAGAAAAAUAAUGAUACUUGAAAUAAUUUAUCUAUAAUUAGUUAUCUUAUACUUGAUAAUAAUAAUAAUAAUAAUAAUAAUAUUAUUGCA